CGUUUCGCUUUUCCGAUUUCGUGUUUUGUGAAUAGGGGAGAGAACUGUUCGCCGAUUAUGGAUACUACUAAUCCUACAGAAAUGGUUGAUGUGGACGUUGCUCUUGAGAUGGAUUCUGAUACACAAACACAACCCAUUGUGAAGCGUAGGAGGCAGAAGAAGUCUGAGGUGUGGGAUCACUUCAUCACGGAAGUUGUUAGUCCUGACACUAAAAAAGCUCGUUGCAUGCACUGCAACAAAUCCUUUGCCUACAUUAAUGGCACUAAGGCUUCAGGAACUAGCCACCUUAAGCGUCACAUUGACUUGGGUAUUUGUGCUAAGAGCUCUGAGUUCAAGAAGCUCUCUCCAACGCCAAUCAAGGAGGAAACCACGCCAACGCCAAUCAAGGAGGAAACCACUUCCUCCUCUUGCCUUCCCAAGAAACGUCGGAUCUCUUCUCCUGUUGUUCCUCCUCCUCUGGAUCAAGAUCGCUGCAACCAUGAGAUGGCUAAGAUGAUCAUCAUGCAUGAUUACCCUCUUCAUAUGGUCGAGCACCCUGGUUUUGUUGGUUUCCUGCAGGCUCUUCGUCCCCAGUUCCGUGUGGCAAGCUUCAAGACCGUUCAUGAUGAUUGUGUCUCUAUGUUUUUUUCCCAAAAGCUGAAAAUCUUGGACUUUAUUGGAAAGAUUCCUGGGGGAGUUAAUCUUACUGUAGACUUGUGGUCAUCAAAGCAAUCAGUUGGUUAUGCUUUUCUGACUGGACACUUUAUUGAUAAAGACUGGAAUUUGACUCACCGUCUUCUGAAUGUUGCUGUUGUGGCUUCUCCUGAUUCAGAUUUUGCUUUAAACCAACCUGUCGAAGCUUGCUUGUCGGAGUGGAAGUUGGAAGGGAAGAUUUCAAGCAUCGCUGUCAGCCAAUCACUAGUAAAUAAGACCGCCGUUGAGAAUCUCAGAGGUUAUUUGUCUGCUAGGAAUCAGCAUGUUUUGAAUGGUCAGUUGUUGAUGGGAAAAUGCUAUGCUCGCCUCCUAAGCAGCAUGGCGCAAGAUGCACUCACAGCUGAACACCUCCAAGAACCUAUAAAGAAAGUCCGAGAUAGCAUCAAGCGUGUUAAAACCAACCAGGUUUGCGGUGACAGAUUUGAUGACCUGAAGAAACAGUUUCCAACCCCUUCUUCUUACAAAGAUCUUCUCAUUGACAACCAAACGAGAUGGGACACAAGUUACAACAUGUUGCUGGCUGCAUUUGAACACAAACAAGUGUUUUCUAGUUUGGAAACUUGCUAUCCUGAGUACAAAAUAUCUAUAUCUCCUGAAGACUGGAGAAAGAUUGAGAGUCUCUGCUCAUGCUUGAAGGUUCUUUUCGAAGCGGGUAAGGCCUUGACUGGGCCAAACCAGUUGACAGCAAGCGAUUUCUACCAUGAGAUGACAAAGCUUCAGCUAGAGCUGAGACACACUGCCAUGUGUGAAGACCCGGAUGUCAGAAACCUAGCAAACUCGUUGAGUGAAAAAUUUGACCAGUAUUGGAGAGGAAACUUCCUGGUUUUGGCAGUUGCAGGGGUCAUGGAUCCCCGGUUCAAAAUGCGCUUCAUUGAGUUCACCUUCAAUAAGUCUUAUGGUGAAGAUGCAAAAAAAUGGACCAAGACUGUCAAUGACGCCUUCUAUGAUCUGUACCUUAGCUACAGUGAACAGAAUCUGUUGGAUGCUUAUGUGGAUCAUGGCUUUUCGGAAAUAGAAGUGGCUCAGGAAUCUCACUUCCAUCAAGACGUGGCUGAAGAUGCCAAUACAGGGAAUGGGCAAUCAAGUGAUGAAUCAAGUACACAACUAGAGCAAACCACAGAGGCACAUCAACAUGAGAGAGAGAGUAAGGUAGUGAAGCAAAAUGUGGUAAGGCUUUUGGAGGGAGUGAGUGAAGAGAGUCAGCUAACAGAAGAGGAUCAGCAACAUUGUGAUGAUUCUCAAGUACAUGCAAUGGCAGAGGAAGACAACAUACUAUUUCCGGUUGACGUGCUUCUCCAGGAAGGGUCUACCCUCGUCACAAUAGGCGAAUCAUUUUCAGACUUUGAUGAUAUGUACAUGCCAGAGAUGAAAACGGAGCUUGAUCAAUACCUGGAAGAAGAACUGACUCCGAGGUCAGAAGACUUUAACGUUCUGAGCUGGUGGAGGCUCAACACCACAAACUACCCAACCCUUUCAAAGAUGGCUGUGGAUCUCCUCUCUGUCCCCUUCAGCACCGUCUCUCCUGAUUCUGUAUUCGAAACAGAGGUGAAGCAGAUGGACAGUUACAAGACCUCCCUUUCUCGUGCAACCUUGGAGGCUCUCUUGUGCACUAAGGAGUGGUUCAAAAAUGAAACUUCAUGAAACCUUUUCAAUUUUUUUUUUCUUCUUUUGGUUCUAGAGCAUAGUGUAAUCAGCAUUUGAUCAGAUUUGAAAUUAGUUAUAAAAAAAACAAUUU